AUGGACGCGGAUCCUGAUAUUAUGGUUCCGGAGGAUAUGGCCAGUGACCCGCUGUUUAAACUGUUGAGUGAGAUGCGGGGUGCUGGUUCUGCUCCUAGAAAUGGUGCUGGCGAUGAAAAUGGUGCUGCCGGGUCUGGAGAUCUGCCAGCUGACCCACUGGCGGCGUUGUCUGCUAUGUUUGGAGGUGCGGAUGGAGCUGGUGGUGCGUUCCCAUUUGGCGAUGCUGGUGCUGGGGGUUUCCCUGGAAUGGCUGGUAACGGUCCUACUGGUCAGAAAUCGGCGACUCCGGUGAGAAAAAGCGAUGUUUUAUGGACUUUGGUGCAUAUCGUGACCAGUAUCUCGCUCACUGUGUACUUCCUACUCUCCAGAAAGGCUGCUAUUGCCACAAACUCAGUACCCAGCUCGGUGUCCUCUUCUUUGGUGGUGCUUUUCUGUACUGCUCAAGUAGCACUUCAUUCGGCCCGGUUUGUGCUCGAAAAGGGCUCACCACCAUCCAACUCCAAAAUCGUAUCUCUUGCAUCGUUCCUGCCCAACCCGUUCCGGCAGUACGUAAUUCUGCUGGCCCGCUAUCUGCACAUCGGCCGGGUCAUUGUCGAAGACCUCUGCAUCACUCUGUUCGUAAUCGGCAUAUAUUUCGGUCUGGCCAACGGCCGGUCCGAACUCCUGGACGUUAAUUAA